UGAAGUCAAAUUACACUUGGCUCCACGUUGAAGCGCAUAACUCGGUUAGCAUCUUCCUCGAGCGGUUACACUCUCUGAGGAGAACAACACGCUUUAGAAUUAUUUUGUCAUUUUUAUUUUCAACAACUUUCCCGCUCUCUUUUAUGAGCUCAACAUGACGUUCAGGAGGCUGAAGAAGGUGAACUCCAGCGGGCCAGAGAGUGGACCCGCAUCCCCAGACAACGACAUUUAUUUCCCCUCGUCAAAGUCAGACAGCUGCCGGACCGGGGUCUUACCGACACACUCCUCGGAGGUUUACAACUACAAGACUUUGGCUUACUCUGGAGGGACGCUGCCCAGGAACUUCAAAAAGGGCGGCGGUCUGCAGAAAUGGAAACCCUUAACAGUGACACCAGAACCACAAAGAAAGGUGGUGGUCCUGGAGAAAAAUGAAGAGGAGACGUUUGGUUUCGAGAUCCAGACCUACGGCCUGCACCAUCAAGACCAAAACUCUGUGGAGAUGUGCACGUUUGUGUGUAGAGUGCACGAUGACAGCCCGGCCCAGCAAGCAGGACUUAAAGUUGGGGACACCAUCGCAAGUGUGAACGAGGCCACCGUGGAGGGAUUUCGGCACAAGGAGAUUGUUCAGCUCAUCAGGGCCUGUGGCAACACAAUCAGGCUGGAGACGGUUUACAGCGACUCAAUCCGAAAAGCAGAGUUGGAGGCCCGGCUGCAGUAUCUGAAGCAAACUCUUCAUGAGAAAUGGGAUGAAUAUCGGUCGUUGAUGGUGCAGGAGCAGAGGCUUGUUCAUGGCAUAGUGCUGAGUGAUGCUGCAGUGUACGAGUCCCUGGAGUCAGCAGGCGUGUACGGCAGCCUCGGCACUCCCAGCCCCGCCGCUCAGAGAGCCCUCCACUGUACCGGCAGCACCAGCAGCAGCGCCAGCUUCCUCAGCACGGCCACUGAGGACGACCCUCUGUACCAGACCUGCCUGUACCAGGUGGACGGCAGCGUGGACUCGGACAGCACCAGCGCAGACAAAAAGAGGGAGCAACAGCCGGCGCAGAGGCAGCAGCGCCUCCGACCGGCCAGCGCGCUCUUCACAAUGGCCAAGACGCAGCUGACCCGCAGCGCCAGCACGCGCAGCUACGUGAGGGGAUCCUCCUCAUCCUCGGCCACCUCGGGGGAGAAGCAGGGAGGAUUCAACUCGCUGCAGAGGAAGCCCAAACAGAAAAGCUUCCGCAGGCGCCUACUCAAAUUCAUCCCGGGCUUGAACCGACCCCUAGAGGAGGAGGAGAGCAAACUGUGAGCAGCAGAGCUUUUUGCCUAAACUUCACAGAUCCAAAGACUUAAAAGCACCACUGACUGUCAAACGAAACUGCCAAAG